UUUUUUUUUUUUUUUUUUUGUUUACCUUUGAAUCUAAUGGCUAUGGGAUGGAUACCAAUGAAGGAGAAAAAAGAAAAGAGGCCCUUUACAAAAUUGCUUUCUUUCUUUUCAUUGUUGGUGCAUUUUAUCAAUUGUCUUUGUGGCCACAAUUGUUUGUGUUAUCUCUAGUCUCUAAGGUAUGUUGUCUUCUUCUCAUAAUUGAAACCUUCAGAAAAUCUACUCGGCUCACUAGAAAAUAAAUACAGCUGUUGCAGUUGGAAAACGACAGUGUCAUAUCUUCGAAAAUAUAAUACUCCAUGGGCGAGAUUUAAGGAGUUGACCCUUGGAGAAAAAGUUAGAGAGGAAUUAAUUAACCGGUAAACCCCUUGGAAAAGAAGCAAAAGACGAAGCUCUUUAGUAGUAUAUAUAUUAGAGAAAACCCAGUGGCUUCUCUUAGGAUAAAUCUGAUAAGGUGGGUAAAAUAUAAAAAAAAAUGGGGUUGAUAAGAAGCUACUUCUCCUUCGUGUGCGGAACCAUCUGCGGGAUUUAUGUAGCGCAGAGCUACAACGUUCCAAACAUAGAAAAGGUGGCUCAAGCAGCCUAUUCCAUGGCCAAGCAAAUGGAAGAGAGAUACCGUAAGACAAAGACCAAGUCCUUGGAAGACUUUCAAGACUAAAGAAACAUGUCACACUGCCUUCUAUUUAUCUACUUGUUUUUUUUGUUGUUACUUCCAACAACCUUCUUUGUUUUCUUAAUGAAUCAGCUGAUCUAAUUACAAUCAUAACAACGACUCUUCAGAUCUUA